UUUGUCGUGACAGCAUAGUUUUACCCUGGAAGACCAUGACCAUAACCUGUGAGAAGAUUGUUUAACCCAGCAGCAUUGACACAUCACAAUAGGUUCUCUGGUGGACAAUGUUUCUGCUUUGGAGAAAAGCCUUUUACUGAGAUGUUUCUGCUGAUGGCUGUGUCGGAAGUCUUUCUGCUUUUGGGCUGGGCAUGGAGAUCAGACUGCAUUUGCUCACCCACCACUUAUUACAAGAAUUGUUGGAUUCGACGAUUCCCAGGCCUUACAAUUGAUCUGGAGCAUUCACAGAGAAGAGGGGCCUACAUUCUCAAAGUCUACACAGAAGCUACAGCCCAACAGUGCAGCCGGACCUGCUGCCUCCUAAAGAAUGUUUCCUGCAACUUGGCAGUUUUCUAUGGUGAAACCAAGAAUCAGAGCCUUAACUGCCUGCAUGUUUAUUGCCCAGUGUUGGAGAGCUGCAUACUGAGGCCUUGGAUCAAUGUUGUGUUGUACAACAUCACACCAGGGGUUGAUCCGGAUCUUCUUGUGUUUGAGAAACUCUCUUUUAAAGAUAUGAAUACCAGGUCCUCUCUUAAUAAAUGGGAAGUGCAUGGAAGUGCAAGGGUUGCCAAUUUAGAAAAAUGCCAGAAGGCAACAAGCAGUUCAAGGUACUUUCUUCCUGAAUCCUUAUCUUCUACAGUGGUCCAAGAGCUGGUAAGUAACAGCAGCAACACAAGUACUACACCUGCCCCAGUUCACAGGUCUCCAUCCAGCACAUAUUUAGGGCCUGCAGAUGUACCACUGAAGAACUAUUUUACUAAAGUGGCAAACAUCUCAGAAAAGAAUGGUUCAACAGCCACGUCUGACAAUGCAACUGCACUUCCUAGUACUGUCGUUACAACUAUCAAGAUGUUAUCAAACAUGCCCAGCCCAGCCCAUCUGAACAGCAGCAAACACUUGAACGAAACCAAGGUGUACAGUGGCAGGAAUUACACAUCAGACAAUGAAGACCAGAAACAAGCUUGGGAGGAAGAAGGAGAAAGGGGGAGCUGGCUGCUUCCAGUGGCACUCUGUUUUUCCUUGACUGUGAUUUGCUGUUGCACUAUAAUUCUUGCAACUGGGUGCCAUCGAAAGAGGAAUGGUCGAUAUAAACCAAGACGGAGAGGCGUAGCAGCAUCCAGACGGUUCAUUAGAUACACUAUAGUUAAAAAUAGAUUUUAAUGGUAAAUAUUCCAAAUCCAGAGACAAAGUGAAGGUU